AUGCUCUCAGGGAUUCUCAUAUUCAACCAAAAGGGUGAGAACCUCAUCUUUCGCGCUUUCCGCAGCGACUGUCGCCCGCGCCUGGCCGACAUCUUCCGCAUCCAGGUCAUCUCCAACCCGCAGGUCCGCUCCCCGAUCCUGACCCUGGGCUCGACGACAUUCAGCCAUGUCAAGCACGAGAAUAUCUACUUGGUAGCGGUUACCAAGAGUAAUGCCAAUGCUGCGCUGGUGUUCGAAUUCCUCUACCGGCUGAUCAUGCUGGGCAAGAGCUAUUUCGGGAAAUUGGACGAGGAGGCCGUCAAGAACAAUUUUGUCCUAAUUUACGAGCUGCUCGAUGAAAUCCUCGACUUUGGCUAUCCCCAAAACACCGACCCUGACACUUUGAAAAUGUACAUCACAACCGAAGGCGUGAAAUCCGCCAUCGCCAACAACCCCACCGACUCCUCCAGAAUCACGCAACAAGCAACAGGAGCCCUAUCCUGGCGCCGCUCCGACAUAAAAUACCGCAAGAACGAAGCCUUUGUCGACGUAAUCGAAGACGUAAACCUCCUGAUGUCCGCAACAGGCACAGUCCUCCGCGCCGACGUCAACGGCCAAAUCGUCAUGCGCGCCUACCUAUCCGGAACCCCAGAAUGCAAAUUUGGCCUGAACGACCGUCUCCUGCUAGACCCGGGCGAAUCCUCCGGCCCCAGCAGCGGCCGCGGUGGCGGCAACGGACUCGGCACAUCAAAGGCAACACGCGCAGCAGCAGGCUCGGUCACGCUGGAAGACUGCCAGUUUCACCAGUGCGUGAAGCUAGGCCGAUUCGACGCAGACCGGAUCAUCUCUUUCGUGCCGCCGGACGGCGAGUUCGAGCUGAUGCGGUACCGCGCGACGGAGAACGUCAAUCUGCCAUUCAAGGUGCACCCAAUUGUGCGGGAGAUUGGUACGACGAAGGUUGAGUAUAGUGUGGCUAUCAAGGCGAAUUACAGCUCGAAGCUGUUUGCGACGAAUGUUGUUAUCCGUAUUCCUACGCCGCUCAAUACCGCUAAGACUACUGAGCGGACGAGCCAGGGCCGUGCAAAGUACGAGCCUGAGCAGAACAACAUUGUUUGGAAGAUUGCGCGCUUCUCUGGGCAGAGUGAGUUUGUGCUUAAUGCUGAGGCUACUCUUACGUCUAUGACGCAUCAGAAGGCUUGGAGUCGGCCGCCGCUUAGUCUUUCUUUCUCGUUGCUCAUGUUUACUUCUUCUGGUUUGCUUGUGCGGUAUCUUAAAGUCUUUGAGAAGAAUAACUAUUCUUCUGUUAAGUGGGUGCGGUAUAUGACUCGCGCGGGGAGUUAUGAGAUUCGUUUCUGA